CUUCUUCUUCUUCUGUUCCAGGCUGGAUCGACGCUGAAAACAGAACGCAGUGCAGAAUUCCAGCAGAAAGUUUACAAAAGGAGAAUGCAGAACUGAAACAAGAAAAUGAUCAACUUGUAGAACUGAAACAAGUUCAUGAUCAAUUUCUAAAGAAAUUUAGUCCUGGCGGUUUUUGCAACGCUUGUUUCAGAGAGAAGAUGGUUUUGCUUGGGUUCAGUCCUUUAUUAAUUGCUUCGCUGAUCGUCAACUUUGUGUCUUCAAGAAGCUUGAUCAAAAUUGUUUCCAUGAAGAGUAUUGUGGGUGUUUCAGUCAUCAGCAACUACAUGUGCUGUUGUGAACCCAGAAUAGAUUAUGCUGAAGUUCUGAAGAAAUUAAAUGUAGAGGGAUAUGUUACAAACGGAGUAUGGCAACAGAUUUGUAAAACCAAAACUGAAGUGACCCUGAAUCCUGACACAGCCGGCCCGGGACUCGCAGUCAACGUAGACGACUCACUGGUGAAAUUCACAGGGGAGAGAGAAGCAGAGUGGCCCAGUGUGCUGGGCAGGAAGGUGUUCACCUCAGGGAGACACUACUGGGAGGUGGAGGUGGGAGAGAAGGGCUACUGGGCUGUGGGGGUCUCCACACACCCUGGAGAGAAGAUCAUACCUGAGAAACCAGAGGAGGGCUACUGGCUUGUGAGGCUGUCCGCUAGAGGGAGGAAGUAUGAAGCAGUGGGCAAGAGCCUGGUCACUCACCCUCCUCCAUCCCUACAAGAGAGACAGUCCCCUCUCCCUCUCACACUGAAACACAAGCUAUAUAAAGUGGGGAUGUAUCUGAACUAUGGGAAAGGGGAAUUGUCAUUUUACAACGUCUGUGAUGCUGACAAUAGAUAUGCAAUGCAUACUUUUAAAUACAACUUCACUGAGGUGGUUUACCCCGUCUUCAGCCCAGGCUGUCACGAUAAAGCACCUUUGAAAAUCACCAGGUUUGAUUCAACAAGCUCUCCAUUCAGAAUUACAAUUUAGCAUUGCUAUAUAUAUCUACAGCAUUGCUUUAUCUACAGCAUCACAAUACGGCAUUGCUAUAUAUAUCCACAGCAUUGCUAUAUGUACAGCAUCACAAUACAGCAUUGCUAUAUGUACAGCAUCACAAUACAGCAUUGCUAUAUCUACAGCAUCACAAUACAGCAUUGCUUUAUCUACAGCAUCACAAUACAGCAUUGCUAUAUCUACAGCAUCACAAUACAGCAUUGCUAUAUGUACAGCAUCACAAUACAGCAUUGCUAUAUCUACAGCAUCACAA